CCGUGGACAAGACUCUACUUCUGGCACCUACCUGAGACCCUGGCAGAUCCCAGGCCAUGUGGCUGUACCUGGGGGCCCUGGUGGCUCUGUACCACCUUGUGCGCUGGUACCGGGAGAGGCAGGUAGUGAGCCAGCUGCGGGACAAGUACGUCUUCAUCACGGGCUGUGACUCGGGCUUCGGCAACCUGCUGGCCAGGCAGCUGGACCUGCUGGGCUUGAGGGUGCUGGCUGCAUGUCUGACCGAGACGGGGGCCGAGUCUCUGAAGGCCAAGACUUCCGACAGGCUGGACACGGUGAUCCUGGAUGUCACCAAGUCAGAGAGCAUCGCUGCGGCCACCCAGUGGGUGAAGGAGCGCACGGGAGACACAGGUCUCUGGGGUCUGGUGAACAACGCUGGCAUCUCAGUGCCCACGGCUCCCAAUGAGUGGCUGACCAAACAGGACUUCAUGAAGAUACUGGACGUGAACCUGCUGGGGGUGAUCGAGGUGACCCUGAGCCUGCUGCCCCUGCUGAGGAAGGCCAGGGGCCGUGUGGUCAAUGUCUCCAGUAUCCUGGGCCGUUUGUCCAUUUUUGGUGGUGGCUACUGCAUCUCCAAGUAUGGCAUUGAGGCCUUCUCGGAUUCCCUCAGGAGAGAAGUCUCAUUCUUUGGGAUCAAAGUGGCUGUGAUUGAACCUGGUUUCUUCAAGACAACUGUGUCCAAUUCUGAGGUUAUUACUAAGGCUCUCCAGAAUGCAUGGAAUCAAUGCAGUCCAGAGGUCAAGGACAUUUAUGGGAACAAUUACCUGGCAUCCAGUUAUAAAUCUUUAGAGAAGUUGCUGUCAAAUUUGUGUGAGGAUCUUACCUUGGUGACGGACUGCAUGGAGCAUGCCUUAAUCUCCUGUCACCCUCGCACACGAUACUCAGCUGGCUGGGAUGCCAAAUUCAUCUACAUCCCCCUGAGCUACAUGCCCACCUUCCUGGUGGAUGCAUUCUUCAAAUGGAGAGCCGUAAGACCUGCCAAGGCUCUGUGAAGCCUAUGUGAGGUGAAUCACUGAAUGAGUGGUGAAUGAGUGGGGGUGAAUAGCUGACGGGGCUCAUCCCUAGCUGCUCUGCCUCACCUGUCUCCUGUGUCUUGGCCCUGGAAAGCCUAGAGAUGGAUGGAGAAGAAGAGGAUUCCUCUGCACUGAAGAUGCCUGUUGGCAGCGUGCAGGUGUGGAGGCUUCCCAGCUCGAACCCUCAGCCUCAGGUGCCUAAUUGUGGGAGACUGUCACCCAGAGGGCUCUGCACUCCUGUCCCUGCACUGUGGCUUACAGGAGUCAAAGGACACAUUGAGUAAAGCACUGGUGUGAAGGGCGUCA